AUGGCGAAUUUCGCGUCUGCAAAUCGAGAAGCCCUGAUUGCACAAAGCAUCUGUGGAGCUGUGUUGAAGGGAAACUGGAGAAAUAUCCUCAAACACAAAAUCGAUUCGGGAUUAUUAACAUCAGCGAUAACCACACAGGUAAUCUCCGAGCUUUCUUCGUGUUCUGGCUAUGGUGGACCUUCUCUUUCAUGGAGUUUCUUCACCUGGACGGAUUCGUUUCCUACCUCUAAACACAGCUUACAAUCAUCCUGGAAAAUGAUCCUGAUCCUUACAAAACACAAACAUUUCAAAACCGCACACCACCUGCUCGAUAAAUUGUCACAGAGAGAGCUUUUGUCAUCUCCUCUGGUUUUAAGAUCUUUGCUUGGAGGUGUUUCUGAAGAUCCCGAAGUUCUCUCUCACGUUUUCAGCUGGUUAAUAAUAUCCUACGCUAAAUCUGGAAUGAUCAACGAUUCGAUUGAGGUUUUCGAGCAGAUCAAGAACUGCGGAUUGAAACCUCAUUUGCAAGCUUGUACUGUGUUACUGAACAGUCUAGUGAAACAGAGAUUGACUGAUUCAGUUUUCAAGAUUUUCAAGAAGAUGGUGAAGCUAGGUGUUGUGGCUAACAUCCAUUUGUACAACGUAUUGGUUCACGCUUGUUCUAAAUCCGGAGAUCCUGAGAAAGCCGAGAAACUGUUGAGCGAGAUGGAAGAGAAAGGCGUGUUUCCGGAUCUUUUCACCUACAACACGCUUAUCUCCGUGUACUGCAGAAAAAGUAUGCAUUUCGAGGCUUUAUCAGUGCAAGACAGGAUGCAGAGAAGCGGUGUAGCUCCUGAUAUCGUCACCUAUAACUCGCUGAUACACGGGUUUAGUAGAGAAGGGAGAAUGAGAGAAGCGACGAGGAUGUUUCGGGAGAUCAAGGGCGUUGUUACCGCGAACCAUGUGACUUACACUACUUUGAUUGAUGGGUAUUGUAGAAUGAAUGAUAUAGAUGAAGCUUUGAGGCUAAGGGAAGUAAUGGAAUCGAGAGGUUUUGUUCCUGGUGUUGUGACUUAUAACUCGAUUCUUCGGAAGCUUUGUGAAGAUGGGAGAAUCAGAGAAGCUAAUAGGCUUUUGAGUGAGAUGAGUGAGAAGAAGAUAGAGCCUGAUAAUAUCACUUGUAAUACUUUGAUCAACGCGUAUUGUAAAGUGGGAGACAUGGUUUCUGCAGUGAAAGUGAAGAAGAAGAUGGUUGAUUCAGGGCUGAAACUGGAUAUGUAUUCGUAUAAAGCAUUGAUUCACGGGUUUUGUAAAGUUCUGGAACUUGAUAAUGCGAAGCAGGAGAUGUUCUCUAUGGUAGAGAAAGGCUUAUCUCCUGGAUAUUCGGUUUUUUCUUGGCUCGUGGAUGGAUUGUAUAACCAGAACAAGAUAGACGAAAUUGUGAAACUUCCAGAGGAGUUUGAGAACAGAGGUCUUUGUGUAGAUGUUGCUGUAUACAGAGGAUUGAUAAGAAGGGUUUGUAAGUUUGAACGUGUGGAUUACGCCAAAGUGUUGUGUGAUUCAAUGGAGAAGAAGGGUGUAAUGGGAGAUAGCGUUAUAUACACAAGCAUGGCGUAUGCGUGUUGGAGAACAGGGAAGGUCACCGAAGCUUCUGCGUUGUUCGAUGUGAUGUAUAAUCGACGGUUGAUGGUGAAUUUGAAGCUGUAUAAAUCUCUUAGUGCCUCUUACGCUGGUGAUAACGAAGUGUUGAGAUUCUUUUGGAGUCAUGUAGGUGAUAGAUGUCUUAUAUCCAAGAGUAUUUUACGGGAAAUGAACAGAAGCGAGGUCUUGUGA